CAAUAAAAAGGUCUGACCCGACCCGACAGCAACGUGGCCUGUUUUUAAACCGUAAAACCGAAUCACUUUUCAUCCUUUCUUGCCUCCCUUAAAACCUCUGAAAAACCCCUCACCUGGUUGCCGGCUCCGUUUACUUAAAAUUCAAGGUAUCUUACGUUUGCUUACCGUCUGAGACAAUGAGUGAGUUGCCAACACAAAACACAUCUGCCUUAGCCUUGCCUCACUUACAGCUAAACCGGGGAUCAACAACGGCAACAUCUGGUCCAGAAUCAAAGCCAAAGAAGAAAAUUUGCUGUGCUUGCCCCGAGACAAAGAAGCUGAGAGAUGAAUGCAUUGUGGAGCAUGGUGAAGAAGCUUGUGCAAAAUGGAUAGAGGCUCAUCGUAUAUGCCUUCGUGCAGAGGGCUUCAAUGUUUGAGAUUGGUAUUUGAAGUUCAUAGAAUGAAAACAAUUUUAGGUACAAACUAGUUAUUAGAGGAUUAAACAGAUAUGAUUUGACAAAAAAGAAUCCAGAAAUAAAAAGAAAGCUUUAUCGUAAA